AUGAGAAAUGGAAAGCAGCUUCACAUCACAAGUGAGGAAGCCACCGGUGACCGGCUCAAUGAUCGUAUACGCUCAAUAGAAUAUGUACGCGCGGGCGAAAGAAUUAAUGCUGCUUAUGCCCGCCCCCGAGGAUCAUCAAGCAGUUGUAUCUAUUUCCGAGGCGGUCAGUCCCAUCCCGCUGAGGAUGAAAAAAGGAAGUGCAUGGAUUGUUUCUUCGAAGUUGUAGGGAGGGAGUUCUCCCGCGUGAGCGAAGUUGGAGAACGAGUUCCCGGCUCCUGUUGCUCUGUUGCUUGUCCUGUCAUUCUGUGCAAGGGCAAUAAGCCGAAACCAGGGAAAAAAGGGCAUACCAAGAUCGGAUCGCAUAAAAGGAUUGGAAAUGCUGCUCCGAGCGAAGGCCUGACUAUAACCAACCUUACAGAUCCCACUCAACCUUUUACACCGAUGUAUCGUACUCUCUCGACCAGGGGCUUGCUUCUUCAAGCUCUGCCCAACCUAUACAAGGUGCUGCUCGCUUUCUCUCAGCCACUAGUGGCUUAUGUGGUGGUCGACAUUCCUACGCGCUCCUCCUUGCCCCCCUACUUCAGAAUCCAAAGGUCAACUUUGGAUGUUGUCGUGACGCUUUGGUUACGAAGGUCGGAACCGUGGUCGUCCGUCUCCGGUUUGCCGGCCGAUAAGAUCUCUGAGAUUGAUCAGACAGCUGGGUUGGUUUGGCUAUUCCUUUCUAUUGAAAAGGAGUCAGCUGUCUGCGCGAGUCACCUUCUUUUAGGCUCCGCUGAACGACACGGCAUUCUCGUUCAAAUAUAG